UUCCGAGGAAAUGAGGUCCCAUUACAACAGGGCUGAGCAGCAAGCAGAGGAACAACGGGAGCGGAGAAGAGAUUAGCAAGCGAUGAGGCACCCGCGCUGGCUUGCUCGGCAAAGCCCGCAGACGGGGCCAGAAACGAAAGGGGGCUGCCGGCACCAAUCAGCUAACUUCCCGAGUUCUAAACAUGGGCAACCUAUUGAAACUUCCACUAAGUUAAAAGGCCAGGACCUCUUAACCCUACAAAACUAUACACCUGACGAAAUCAAAUAUUUGCUUUGGGUAGCAUCAGAUUUGAAAAACAGAAUCAAAUACAAAAAAGAGAAUUUACCUUUAUUACAAGGCAAAUCUUUGGCCCUGAUUUUUGAGAAAAGAAGCACAAGAACUAGAUUAUCUAUUGAGACAG